CCUGACCCCAUAGUGGCAGCUCCAUCAUCAGCUCUUGGCCAAUUCAAAACAGCAGACGCUGAGCCUUAGCUGGACUGCUUGCACUCCACUUUCUAGCCAUCUCCUAGGGACUGGGCUGAAGCCUAGGAGCCCCAGCUGCUAACAUCUGGGUGCAGAAUCAUGUCUGCUAACAGAGGCUGGUGGGCGCCACCCGAGGGCGAGGACAGUGUGUCUGAGAAGCUCCUGAGGAAGACGAGGGAGUCUCCGCUGGUGCCUAUAGGUUUAGGAGGCUGCCUGCUGGUGGCAGCAUACCGGAUCUACCGGCUGAAGGCUCGUGGUUCCACCAAGAUGUCCAUUCACCUGAUUCAUACCCGAGUGGCGGCACAGGCCUGUGCUGUGGGCGCGAUCAUGUUGGGCGCUGUGUACACGAUGUACCGAGACUACAUCAAGAGAACCGCGCAGGAUACCAGGGAGAAGUAGGAGUCCUACAGGCCCGAGGCAGUUGGACCUCGUCAGUCAAUCUGGGUAUGCACCUAAUAAAGGAGUUUGAGGCAA